GCCCUGGCCACGCGGUGGAAAGGCAUGGCGGCGUGCAAUUUAUGAGAACUGCGAGGAAACCAAUUCUCUGGGAAACGGAAUGGAAACGUUUUGUUUUUACAGCUCUGGAAGGAAUUCGGGCCUUUUAUAUCUUAUAGCUUCAGCUGCACACGGCUGUCCUUUCUGAAGAGGUGACAAAUUGCACAUCCUCCCCGCACUUCAUGAGGGAAGACCCUUCAUGUUUGGACUUGUCUGCGGACAGCAAUGAUUGAAGAGAGAUGUCUGCAAGUAGAAAGACUUGAAGAGCCUGAAGAAAGAACCAAUGCCGAAUUUAGAGGUCUACAAGAGGACAUAACUGAAGUGACAGAGAUUCCUGAGGAAGCAAAAUGCAGAAAUUACCAAAGCCGUUGCCUUCUGAAGUCAAGAAUCGCACGCGGUCUCACUGUUGCCAUUGCUGUCUUAUUACUGAUUGUCCUUGUCCUUUUCGGUUUACUUGUUUAUAGGCCACCAAAUAAGGAAUCUCAGCAGCAGUUCCCUGACGUGGAUAUCCCUGCCCCAUGUGGUCCAGCAUGCCCAUCUGGUUGGAUUGGCUAUAAAAGGAAAUGCUACUUUUUCUCGGAUGAAGGAAGAAACUGGACUUCCAGCCAAAACUUUUGUGCUUCCUAUGGUUCCUCCCUCGCUAUUAUUGAGAAUGAGCCAGAAAAGAUGUUCGUUGUGCGUUACAAGUGCCGUGCUGAUUACUGGAUUGGCCUUUGGAAAGAGCCUGGCCAGACUUGGAAAUGGGCAGAUGGGACAGAAUUAAGCAGCACGUUGGAGGUGAAAGGAGAAGGAGGCAAUUGUGCAUUUCUGGACUCUGCUUAUGCUGUUUCCUCACGUUGCUACAUACAGAGAAAGUGGAUCUGCAGCCACCACGAUGCCUAUGCCAGAAAUAAGAACUCUUCAAUAGAAAGUGGCAAACCAUGAGAGCCUCUAUGUAUUGUCGAAGGCUUUCACGGCCGGAGAACAGUGGUUGUUGUGGAUUUUCCAGGCUGUAUAGCCGUGGUCUUGAGAGCCUCUGUUAAGCCUCCCUGUAAAGUGACCACAAUUUCAGGUUCAGCUCUCAUAGGAUAGGAGCAAGUUUUGCUAGACUUCUACUCACGCAACACUAAAGGAACAAGGCUCGUUCACUGCUCUUCCCGUGAUGUGAUCCGGGCCAUCAUCUGCCAGCAAUGCUCUUCUGUUUUCUACUUCAGACUGAAAGAUCAGUCUUUCCGCAAAAGAAGCAGAGGACACAAAUCUGGCAGAAUAAAUGACAAUGUUCACAAACCAGAAGGGGUGAACAUUUCAGUGUCUCAUGACAGUCUACUACUGACCAAAAAAGGGGAAUGGGGCUUCCAACCACCAAGAAGACAAAAAAAUCUUCAUUUCCUAAAUAAACAGAAUCAUAAGUGUGAAGAAAAACAGGUUGGAGAUCUCAGAACAUUUCUGUUCAUACGAGAAAGUCAUAGCAAAUAGCCCUUGUGCUGUCGACUGGAUCCCAUUUUGUGUUGUUUGCAAAAGACAUUGUGCAAGGUAUAUUUCAGGAACACCCCACCCCCAGUAAUGACCUUCUCCUCUCAGAUCAUAUUACGCUUCAAAGCUGAACUGUAAUGAGAGCAUCAAAUAGCCUUUUGCAGGGGGGGGGUCUGGGAAAAGAGGUGGUGGAACUCAGAACCGCACAAUGACAUCAUUUUGGGUUAGCUGGAACAAGGGGGGAGUUUUUAAAAGUUUAAAUCACCCUUGGUGAAAAUGGUCACAUGGCUGGUGGCCCCACCCCAUGAUAUCCAAACAGAACUCCCCUCUGUCUGGAGAUCAGGGGGCGGGGCUACCAGCCAUGUGACCAUUUUCAAGAGGUGCUGGAACUCCGUUCCACCGCGUUCCCGCUGGAAAAAAAGCCCUGGCCUUUUGAUUCUUGUACGCAGCAGCAGCACUGAUUGGAAAUGGAAAAAACCAUGCCUUGGAUUCUCUGAAUAAGUUAAGUGCAUGCUAGUCUCUUUCAUGAAGCAUACUUCCAUUAAAGCUUCCAUUUGCACAAAAUCCGUGGUUUUUGUUGGGUCCAUUCACAAAUGGAAGUUUUAGCAAGAGAGGAAGCACAGUCGGUGACAGAAGCCACAUCUAGCAUGCAUGGAACUUGUCUGUAGGAUCCAAGUCAAAAGCAUUUAAUCUGACACAUGUGCACAUGCAACUCCUUCUAGCUUAGUCCUUGGGCAACUUACAAGAAAUAAGAGAAAACUAAGAUGGAGAAAAUAAACUUUUUAAAAAAAUAGGAAUUUUUUUUUUAAAAGUAACUUAUUGAUAUGUUCAGUGGGAGUCUGGUUGCAUCAGCCUGAUUCUUUCUGAGAAAAAACGGUUGGAGAGAGGAGAGAUCUUUAUAAACUGUAAUACAGUUUUGUCUCUGUCUUUUGUAUGCUGCUUGUUCUUUGACAUUCAGCUUAGCCUUGGAUGCAGACAUAUAACCAGCCUUUCAGAGUUCUGCAGUGAAUCACUUAGCGACCAAUGAACUCUGGAUGUUUGUAUCUCAUGCGUGUUGCACAGGGACCAGAACUGCAGUCAGUAGCCUAGCGUGAUUAAUAUUUAAACUGCUUCUUGAAUGCAACAGUGAGGUAGUGCCAUGCAUGAGAGCCAUAGUGGACGCUGCUGUUUCUCUGUAAUUGUGGAGUUUGGUAAACUCUGAGUGAAAUUCAUUAGUCAUAGUGAACUGUGUGCUGCAGCCAGAGCAGUUCCCUGUUUCAAGGGGUUAAACAGGUAGCAGCUGUGUUACCUGCUCUGUUUUCCUACCCUUUGGCACCUAACAGGAAAGAUAAUUUGCUUGUAUUGCAUGAUAUUAGCAUACAAUACGUUUUUGUAUAUUCAUGAGGUGAGUUGGCUACCUUUUCCCCUCUUUGUGUAUUUUCACCGAGAAUUAGGUAAGCAUGAAAGCAGUUUUGAAAAGUUCAGCUGAAUCCUAAGGAUUCAUUCCUGGGAGUCAGGACCAUUGACUAAUGAGACUUACUUGUGAGUAGACUUGCUUAGGCUUGUUCCCGUAGUUUGUUAUAGUGACUAGUAUCGCCCCAAGAUUGGAGAAGGACUCAGUUUCAAAUCCUCCCUCUGUCAUGGGAGCUUACUAGGUGACCUUGGGCCAUCUACUCUCUAAGUCUACCCGCUCUUAUUUGGGGAUGGAGAAAAUUUUGUAAGCCUUCCAGAGUUCAUUGGAGCAAGGGCAGGAUUAAAAUGUGACAGGUAUUCUAAAAUAUCUUUUAAGAAAUUGAGGGACUGUAUCUCAGUGGUAGAUCACAUGAUUUUCAUGCUCAGCAUCUGAGUUCUAGUCCUUAUCAUCCCCAGUUAAACAGGUAACAGCUCUGUACUGUACUGAAAGAGUUCAAAAAGAUGUUUUGGUAAAAAGGAUAGAGACUGUAGGCUAUUCUACUGUGUACUGUCUGUUGCUGUAAGUAUGCUCCUAUGCAUUCUGCUAUGAUGCUAUGCAUCAUUUAACAUGCACUUAUGUAAUGCUUAUGCUUCAUUUCAGCUUUCUGCAAUCCAAAUUCUGUUGUACUGUUUACUGGAUGUCCUAUCUUGUGGAUUAUAUUGACUUACACUAUAUAAAAUCUGCCUUGAGUCUCAGUGAGAAAAGUAGACUAUAAAUAACAUAAAUUUUUAAAAAUAAUAAGAACCAGGAAUAAGGAAGAUUUCUCAGCAGCUUUGGAUAUUAUUGGCCAUGAUGUGCUUCUGGACCAGUUGGCAGGAAUGGGGAUCUCAGGCUUUGUGCUUCAGUCAGUAUUAAAAGGUAUUGCUGGAGUCCCAUUGUUCUGCCCCAUGGCACUUGUGUGUUGCCAUCUUUAUUUAUUUACGUCAUUUAUAGCCUGCUUUUCUCACUGAGACUUAAGGCAAGUUACACAGUACAGGUCAGCACAGUCAAUUUCAAAGAUAUUUCAGUAAACAAGAGGUUAACUUUUUAGUCCUAAUUAUAUAAUCUUCACUAAUAGUGCUGUUCUUUUGUGUGGAUUAAACCUCCAAGUGUCCUUUUAUUGUGCCUGUCUUGAGUGCCAUGCCGUGCCUUUUGUUAGAAUUUUAAACGUUGUAUUUUGUAACUUUCAAAAAAAACAUGCUUCUAUACUGUUUUUUUUUAAAAAAAAGAACAUGCAACUCUAUUAUUAAAUAUAGGUAUCUUUUUGCUGCAUUUUCCAACAGA